AUGAAGCAAAAAAAGAAAAAACUAAAAGAAGAAAGUGAUGAUGAGGAAAAAAAGCAAGUUGAACCAAUAAAACCCAGUUCUUUUGAUGAUGGAAAUUUGGACGUUGAUGGUGUAGAUACUGAUGAUUUGCUAGAAGAAAUUGAACAAUUAAUAAAGCCUCGAAAAACAAAAAAGAAAACAAAACGCAUCAUCAAAAAAGCGUCUGUUGAGAAACAAGGCACACUUAAAAAGAUAUCAGAUGUAUAUGAUCCUGUAGCUAUCAAAAAUCUCAGCCUUAAAUAUCCAGAUGCUUACUGGCGAUUUCAUGCUGAUUCAGGCUAUUCUAUGAUCAAUCAAAUUAACAGCGACCACCCAUUACAAACUUUACCACUCGAUAUCAGCGACCAAGGUGCAAUUACAGGUAUGACAUUGUCUAAUGAUGGUAAUCUUCUUGCGACAUUCUCCAAUGUGGGUGUUAUCAAGGUAUGGGAUAUACAAGAUGAUUUUCAUUUGCUCCGUAAAAUUCGAGACUCAAAAGAGACACAUAUUGAUGAGUUUUAUUGCGGCCGCAUCCUUGAGUGUGGACUAUUAGUAACAGGCGGAAAGUUAAAGGAUCGCUAUCGCUGGUCUGCUGAAGAUAACGAUAAUCAUAUUCUACCAUGCCCUAUCAAAAUUUUCGAUUUAGUAACCUGUGAACGCGUUGCUCAAUUAGAAGGACAUUCCGAAGAAAUCUUGUGUAUCAAGGCUAUUCAGUUUAAAGGCAAAAAUUACUUUAUCUCAACAAGCCAAGAUGGUUAUAUUAUCAAAUGGGAAAUGGACGAAACAUGGACAAAACUACAAGAAUCUACACCUAUGACAGAUGGCAUCACUUGUAUGGCAUUUACUGUGAGCUUUGUGCCUAAUACAGGCAAUAAAUACUUUAUCGCCGCUUGUGAUGAACAUCUUCGACUCUAUGACUUUGAACAAAGCUCUUUUAUAAACUGGAUUGACCAAUCUACAACAUUGGAAGAAAUGGAGAAACAAGUCAACCAACUUUCUGUAGACGAUCAGACAACGGAUGCAAUGGAUGUAGAUCAACCAAAAGAAACAGGACCUUUCACCUGGUUUAUCAGUCGAGGAGCAGAAAUGUGUGAUGUGAGCGAGGGUGUUUCUUCCAAACCAAAUACAUGUACCUUGCACAAACUAGUUUAUCCUACCACAAUUGGAGGCAAAUUUCGGUUAGAAACAGUUAAACGAUUUACACAUGAAGAUUAUCAUUCAAAUUCUUGGCUAGUCAAGAUAACAUCUAAUGGUCGAUACAUACUAGCACCUACUAUUUACGGACAGAUCUUUGUGUUCAAUAUAGCCUCUGGUCAAGUAUCAGCCAUUAUCAAAGAACACCAAGACAUUGAAGUAAGAGAUGUUAUAUUUCAUCCUUACAGACCACUCAUCUUUUCGUGCGGUGAUGAUGGCUAUGUCAAAGUGUAUUCAUACUUUGAAGCAUAA